CCUUCAUGUUUGAAGCCUUUCUUUCUGGAAGCUAGGGAGAGAAAGUGUGUUUCUUUUUAGGAGACUUUGGUGUUUCUAGAGGGAAAUAACUCUAAAUCAUUGUCUCAAGUCUGUGAGAGAGUUGAAAGGAAACCCCCUCCAAUGUUGAUUUAGCUGUGAGCAAGUUUCUGCUAAUGAGUUGUUUGUUUUAAAUAUUAUGUUCCAUCUUAGUAAAAAGUUCAAAACUUUCAUUGUUUUUAGUUAAAGUUCAAAACUUUUCUUGUUUCUGAGUCUUAAUGCCUAGCCAUUUUGCUUUCAUUUUGUGUUUAUUAUGCAGGAACCUUGAGUUUCUAUCCUGUUAGAAGUCCCACAUUGGCUAGAGAUAAGGCCAAUCAAGUGUUUAUAAGGGUUGUGCAAACCUCAACUCUUGAGCUAGCUUUUGUGGUUGAGUAUAGGCCUCCCAAUUUCUAAUAUGGUAUCAGAGCCUAUCCUAGAUCCAUUUGUUGUGUGGAGACCUCCCAUAUUUGGGCCACCCGUUGUUGUUCCCACGUUCCAGUCUGUUCAAAUCCUGGACGUGAGGGGGUGUGUUAGAAGUCCCACAUUGGCUAGAGAUAAGGCCAAUCAAGUGUUUAUAAGGGUUGUGCAAACCUCAACUCUUGAGUUAGCUUUUGUGGUUGAGUAUAGGCUUAUUCUGAGCCUUCAGAAUGAAAUUGAUGACAGGGAUCAGAAGAUGAUGGAGAUGGAGCAUAAACAUAGUGAGGAAGUUGCUAUGGUCCGAAGAGUCGUUAUACGGCUUGGAGAGGAAAUUAAGUACAAAGAGAAAAGUCUGCUUGAAAUGGAAUGCAAGUACAAUGAGUCUUUGAAUAAGGUGCACAAGUUGAUGAAAGAGAAAGAUGAAGUGCAUGAUGCCCAGGAAGAAUUACACAAGAUGAGGGUCAAGAACUCUAAGAUGAAUGAUGACAUGGAAUGUUUGAAGAUAGACAAUUGGUACCUUAGCAAGCAAUUGGAGGAGAGUAAAGCCCUAAAUGAUCAACAGGAGAAGAAUUUCAUAGAGGAGAUUCAAAAAUUGAAAAGAAUAAUAUUACAAGAUCAGAGUCAUGCAAAAAGUGGUGGCAGUUUGAAUGCUGAAAUUACUACUUUUAGAAAUCAGUUACAGGACAAAAUGGAUUACUUGGAGCUUGUGGAAGUCCUUAACAGUUCCCUUGUGGUUAAAGAGCACCAAUAUAAACAAGAAAUACUUGAUGUGCGGAAAGAAUCUCUAGAAAGUUUACCAGAUAUGUUCAGAGGUCAAUCUGAACUUGGAAUCAAAAGAUUGGGAGAAUUAGACCCAAUACCUUUUCAAAAUUUCUGCUUGCAGAGGUACUCACGUGAACAAUGGCCGGAGAUAGCUGCCAAGUUAUGUUCAUCAUGGGAAGAGAAUCUGAAGGAUUCAGCUUGGCAUCCUUUCAAAAUGAUUGAGGUCAAUGGCAUUUUACAGGAAGUAUUAGAUGAAAAUGAUGAAAAACUGAAAGGAUUGAGGAAUGAGUGUGGUGAACUGGUAUACAAGGCUGUGGGAAAUGCAUUGAUGGAAAUAGAAGAAUACAAUUCAAGUGGAAGAUAUGCAAUCCCUGAAAUUUAGAACUGGAAGGAGGAAAGGAAAGCUACUUUGAAAGAAAUUUUCCAAUAUAUUAUCAGGCUAUUGAAGACUCACAAGCGCAAAAGAAAGUAGAACUUCUUUCUCUCAGUCUCAAAGCUAAAAAGAAUGGCAGAAGCAAAACAUGGUUGAAAGAGAAGAUGGAUCAAGUGCAUAGGAGAUCAGAAGAAGACUUAUUAGACACAAGGACCUUUUUUUUUGAUAAAAUCCAUCUGUAUAGUUUGCUGCUAAAUUUAUUUGUCUAUAAAUAUGUAUAUUACCAGGUGGGUUUAAAAACUCUUGACACUCUCCCCAUAAAGUGGUAGUAGUACUUGGUGGUGGUGCAAAGAGUUGAUAACCAACUUUUCCAAGUAUAACUAGGUGGUUAACCCAUGUUUUGAAUUGUCAUACAUAUUUAAUUAAUAGU